AUGGAAUGUUCCCAUUUGUUAGAUAAUGUAAAUUUAAACAGCGCUUCAAAGAUUGAAGACAUCGCGAACACAAAGAGCUUCAAAUGUUCAGACUGCCCUGAAACUGAACAGAAUUGGCUAUGUCUACAGUGUGGUCUUAUAAGUUGUGGUAGAUAUGUUAAUGGCCAUGCAAAACAACAUUCAGAAUCCUUUGAUCAUCAACUAUGCAUGAGCUGUGAAAUUUAUUCGGUUUAUUGCUAUAAGUGUGAUGAAUAUGUUUCUAAUGAUACUGAUGAGCAAAGUAUAGACAAAAUAAGACAAAGGGUAAGGAAAAUUAGACAUAUAAAAUCAGAUUCUACUGUCAACCAAUCAACACAAAAUAGUGACAAUAAAGAAAAGAUAUGUAGUAAUGAUUCUACUCAUAGUGAUGAUAGCCCAAAACCUGAUGAAAAUACCAAUACUGAAUUUUCACCAUCAACCAAUAAUAUAGAAAAUGUACCUGUAAUAGAAAAUGAAGAAACAAAAGAUCUGGUAUGUGAAAUGAAUUCUGAAGAGCCUGCUAGAAGUUUACGUCCUCGCAGCAGGAAACGGUCACACUCAAAUGACAGUAAUUCAACAGAUAGUAACAUAUCAAAGAGCAAAGAAAAGAAGAGUUCCCCGAUAAAUGGGAAAAGCCAUCGCGAAAAAAAAAUAGUAGGUUUAAAGAAUUUAGGGAACACAUGUUUCAUGAAUGCUGUGUUGCAAAGCUUGAAUAACAUACAAGAGUUUAGUUGUUACUUUAGUCAGUUACCAUCCUUGGAGGUUAAAAGUAAUGGUAGAAAGGUGUAUCACUCGAGGAGUUAUACUAGGCAGGAGAUGCAUGAUGUUGUGAUGGCAGAGGAACUUAGAAAGGUGCUAAUAAAUCUGAAGACUGGUGGAUGCGGGUCGAAAGGUGCAAUAUCACCAGAAUGCCUUUUCCUCGUAAUUUGGAAGGUGGUACCUAGGUUCCGUGGAUACCAACAGCAGGAUGCCCACGAAUUUCUCAGAUAUAUGCUUGACAGAUUGCAUACGGAGUUGUUGCAAUUGCUACCUCCAGAUAAGGCUGAGGGGGGCUUCGUGCCACGAGUUCCCUCCACUUCCAUUGUCACAGCUGUUUUUGGUGGAACCCUGCAGAGUGAGGUUCGAUGUCUGGCAUGUGGUACUGAGAGCAAGAAGUUUGAUCCGUUUCUGGAUCUAUCCCUGGAGUUACCUGAAAUCGGCAGACACGAAGGCCCAGUCUCCCUCACAGAUUGCUUAGAAAGUUUUGUUCAGGUCGAAGAGCUAGCGGACACUGAACGUUACUUUUGCAGCAGCUGUAAGUGCAAACAGAAAUCCACCAAGCAGUUUUGGAUACGGCGUCUCCCCAAUGUUCUGUGUUUGCAUCUCAAACGGUUUCGUUGGAGCAAUUACUUUAGGACGAAAGUGGACACAAACAUAUCGUUUCCGCUGAGCUCUUUGGAUAUGUCGCGCUUCGUGCUAGCGAACGUGCCGGACACGCGCCGUUCGGGUCGAGGGAACUACCUUUACGAUCUCGCCGCUGUUAUCGUGCAUCACGGCUCCGGUGCUGGUUCGGGGCAUUACACAGCAUUCGCCAUCAACGAAGACCAAUGGUUUCACUUCAACGACCAGACGGUCAGACCGGUGGAUAUAUCAGCCGUGGCCACUUGCAAGCCAUACAUCAUGUUCUACAUUCGCCGGGAGUUCUCUUUACCCAGCGCCACGUGA